AUGGGCGCGAAAGACCUUGGGAAAUCCUUUAGGAGCGGGUGGAAGAGCUUCCUCAGACGUAGUGCAGCGUCGCCGCCUCCCUCUCCCAGACGGCCCGCAGGUAUGUUGAAUCCGGACGCGGUCGACUUGACCAUUGCUGAGGCGAUGCGAGCUACAGAGGAGGGACUCAACGAGGCUCACCCGCCAGACGCAGCAUCUCUCGAAGGUGCAACCGAAUCGCCUAGCAACAAUGCACAGACACGAACUCAAUCGGUUCAACGUCAACCCGCAGACACUCCGCGGACCGAAUCAAUAGAGCAGCAGAGCACAGCCCUUUCCAAAUCCCAGGUACUCUGGAACGCCGCUUACGACAGUCUGGAAGAGGAUAAAGACACCGCAGAGCUUGUGUUUAUGAAGAAGCUGGUGGAGGAGGGCCAAGCGAAGAUUUCCACGCCGUCAAAUGUGACAAAGGGAGUGGGCGACGUUGCCCAGUUCAUUCUCUCGGCUAAGGGAAUGGUCGACGCAGCCAUCCAAAACAUCCCGCAGGCUGCACUUCCAUGGGCUGGAGUUUGCAUCGGAUUGCAGAUUCUUUUGAAUCCUGCCAAAGCGACAAAAUCUAAUCUUACUGGCAUCGCGCACGUCGUCUCUAGAAUGGACUGGUAUUGUGCCCUCACUGAACAUCUCCUGAACAAGGAUUAUAUCGACAGGUCUUUUCAAACACUCCUGCCCCAGCUGCAGGCGAAGAUCCUCGCGCUCUACAAGGCCCUCCUCCUGUAUCAGAUGAAAAGUGUCUGCUCGUACUACCGGCACCGCGGCCUCGUCUUUCUCCGCGGCCUUGCGAAUUGGGACAACUGGGACAGAGAUCUGAAGACCGUCACAGACGCGGAGGCUACCCUUCAGAGGGAUUCGGCACAGUACAACGAGCACCACGCGAAGAGGGCCUUAGCACAGCUUGUCGUGUGUGCCAAGGGAAUGGAGGAGCUGCUUGGCGACAUUUAUCAGACGCUUCGAGAAUUUUUAGCUCUCCAGAAGGAACUUCAGCUUGAUGACAUUGACAGACAAUGCCGCUGGGAUCUCCGCGUUGUCGAUCCGAAGGACGAUAUAAAGAAGAUAGCGAACAAGAAAGACACACUGCUCCCCGAUGCAUACGAGUGGGUAUUCGGCACAGAGCAGUUUGUGCGCUUCAGGCGAUGGAAUGACGACGACCUACCUGACCAAGAUCCAUGCCAGCUGCUAUGGAUAAAGGGACAUGCUGGUACGGGAAAGACGAUGCUCUUGAUUGGUAUCAUUCGCAGCCUUGAGAAGUGGCAAGAUUUCAGUGCGCCAGGCGUUUCCUGUUUCUUCUGCCAAGGUACAGAUGCAACUCUGAACAACGCAACCACCGCUUUGAGGUCCUUGGUCUGGAUGCUCCUGGUCGAGCAGCCGCAUCUCGUAUCACAUCUGCGCAAAAAGUAUAAAGACUCUGGUGCGGCUCUUUUCCGAGAUCCGAACACUUUUUUUGCACUCUCUGAAGGGUUUCUGAGUAUGCUAGACGAUCCCAAAUUCUCGCCCGUCCUCUUUGUGGUCGAUGCCCUUGAUGAGUGCGAUAAGACAAAACCCGGCUUGGAUGAAUUAAUUCAGCUCAUUUCAAAUUCUAUCAGUCGCUCCGAUAAGGUGAAAUGGCUACUCUCCAGCCGGCCGGAGAUCGAUGUGCUUGCCAAACUCAAGAACUUGAACAGAGACAGUCGGGACAUUUCAGAGAACCUAGUUGAACUGGAUGCGCAACGUCUGGCAGACCCCGUCGAUGCAUAUAUCAGCCACAAGCUCACCACCCUCAGGAGCAGAAGGGGAUAUGACAAGAGCAUUCUGGCUGAGAUCUCCGAUGAGAUCCGUAGACGAGCCAUGAACACCUUUUUAUGGGUAUCCCUCGCGUUCAAAGUUCUUGAAACAAUCCAUGGACGGAUUGAGAAAGUGGAAGAGAUAGACCCACAGGACUGCAAGAGAGUUCUGGUGUGCGCUACUCUUGCGUUCCGUCCGAUCACUCUCUCUGAGCUAGCCGCUCUGUCUGACAUGCCACACGAUAUUACAGUGAUGGCGAUUGAGUUAUGUGGCUCAUUCCUGGCAUCUAGGGAGGAAACAGUCUACCUAAUCCAUCAGUCUGCCAAGGACUAUCUAGACGAGAACUUCAAUGGUCGGCUUCAGCCUUCCGGAAUCGCCCAAGGACAUGCAGACAUCGGUAGGCGCUCCAUUGAUGCAAUGUCAUCAGUUCUGAAACAAAACAUGUAUGACCUCGAUUACGGCUUCAAACCGAAGGAUAUGAGACCCCCACAGCCAGACCCCCUGGCUUCAGUACGAUACUCCUGCGUCGAUAGACUGUCGCUGGCGUUGGAUUGUCGCCUUGAUUUGCCGCGGCCGCUUCCGACGUGUGGGCUCUCCAUGUGGCCUACGGCGCUUUGA